AUGGCUUUAAACACAUGGAAGCCAUUCCUAACUGUUAUUUCUCUACAAUUUGGAUAUGCUGGACUAUCGAUCAUAGCGAAAUUCGCUCUGAACCGAGGCAUGAGUCCUCACGUUCUAGCCUCAUAUCGCCAUAUCGUCGCUACUCUUUUCAUUGCUCCAUUUGCCUUCUUCUUGGAUAGGAAAAUACGGCCCAAGAUGACGUUGCCCAUCUUCUUCAAGAUAUUGUUGCUUGGGUUAUUGGAACCAACAAUUGAUCAGAACUUAUACUACAUGGGUAUGAAGUACACAUCCGCGACUUUCACAGCUGCAAUGACCAAUGUUCUUCCUGCCUUUGCCUUUAUUAUGGCAUGGAUCUUCAGACUUGAGAAGGUUAACGUCAAGAAAAUACACAGCCAAGCCAAGAUUCUAGGGACAGUUGUGACAGUUGGUGGAGCAAUGCUUAUGACUCUUGUGAAAGGACCUUUAAUUCCAUUGCCUUGGGCUAAUCCCAACGACCAUCAUCAAGAUUCAUCCAAUACCGGGAUCAAACAAGAUCUUACCAAAGGCGCACUGCUCAUUGCUACUGGUUGCAUUUGCUGGGCCGGUUUUAUCAAUCUCCAAGCGAUCACGCUUAAAUCGUACCCGGUAGAGCUAUCCUUGACAGCUUACGUAUGUUUAAUGGGGUCUAUUGAAAGCACUAUUGUGGCAAUUUUCGUUGAAAGGGGAAAUCCUGCUGCUUGGUCCAUCCAAUUGGAUUCCAAAUUACUAGCUGCUGUUUAUGGUGGGGUGAUAUGUUCAGGGAUUGGUUAUUACGUUCAAGGAGUAAUAAUGAAAACUCGAGGACCGGUGUUUGUGACUGCCUUCAAUCCAUUGAGCAUGGUUAUUGUUGCGAUCUUGGGUUCUAUAAUUCUUGCUGAGGUUAUGUACCUUGGGAGGAUUCUUGGAGCAAUAGUGAUAGUUCUUGGACUCUAUUCGGUUUUGUGGGGAAAAAGCAAAGACGAACCAUUUUCGUUUUCAGACAUUGACAAGGAACUCCCACUUAGUACUUCUUCAAAAGCAAAUGGAGAAAUGGACACAAAGGAUGCAAGUGUUGUGAUCUCGAGGCCUAACACCAAUGGACCAGUCUAA